AUGAUUUCAUUACAUAAUAAAAUACAAAAUAAUCAUUCAAAACAUAUCAGAUUUAAUAAUCGUUUAUCAUUUUCUCCAUUGAUUAUAACAAAUCAAUAUCCAUCAGAUUUCAAUGUGAAUUGUUCAUCGAAUUUAAUCAUUAAUAAUAUUGUACAUUUAGAUACAAUAUUUCAUUUAUUACAUCAUUAUAAUAAAUCAUUAUGGAAUAAACAAAAUCUUAAUAAAAACUUUAAACACUAUUCAAUUAUUUCUAAGAUAUUCAAUUUAAAUAAUCCUCUUUAUAAGAAUUUAUUGAAAAUCGAUCAUUUCAGUGUCAAUUUAAUGAUUAUCAUUAAAUUUAUAGAUCAAAUGUAUUUGGUUAUCACAAGAUAA